AUGACCAAGGUGAUGAUCUGUACCUACAAUGCACGCACACUUGCAUAUGAGUCCUCGACAGAAGAGUUGAUCAUGCCGGCAAGGAUAUAUCACAACGUCAUCGGACUGGUGCAGACGAGAAGACGCCAUCCAUUAAACGCUGUCUAUGACACCGGAGAAGAACUGUUCCUUGGAACAUGCGACAGUAAAGAAGUCGACGGCGUCGGCGUUCUCGUCAACAAGAGUUUGUUCAUGACAUCGAUAAUUCGAACAACUAACAACCCGAAUCGGACGUUUACGAUUGAAAAGAUGUGGACCAAUACCGGCUUUGACAUUCUUCGUCGUUUAUGCGCCGACAUCAAACUAUGA